ACUGCGCGUCACUCAGCGGUCAGCUUCGUCUGUCCGCGCGCUCCUCCAAGUGCUCAUUUUCAGACAAGCACGGGCACGUGUAACAUGGCUGAGGAGAUACAUACCGGUCAUUCCCCGGAUUUAGACAACUCUCGAGAGCACGGGAUCAACUUCCAUAAGCGGCAAUCACGCGUUACGGUAAAAUACAACCGCAAACAGCUUCAGAAAAGGUUGGACGUGGAGAGAUGGAUCGACGAAGGGUUGGACAAGCUGUACGAGGGCAAGGACAUGCCAGAGGAAGUAAAUAUUGAUGAUUUGUUGGAUCUCCCAAGUGAUGAAGAGCGAACACACAAACUACAGGUUCUUCUGCAAGCCUGCACUAGCAGCACUAAGGCUUUUAUUGCCGAGCUGUUGCAGAAGCUGCAUGGUCUCCAUAAACAGGAAGAGUUGCAGAAUGAGGGAAUAGAGCAUCCCUGUCUCCACACUUACCCCCAUCACCAUGGCAACAUCCAUCAUCACAGAGGCAACCAUCAACAUCCAACACAUCAGACACUGUGAUUGCAGUUUGGAUAAUAACACAUACUCAGGACACACAUACAAUGGAUCCAACUAGUUUAGCAACUCCGUAACUGUGAGGUGUUUGUUUACAAACUAAUAAGAGUGGUAUAUUAAUAGUGUUCAGUUGUAAAAUUGUUCAUCACUGUCGGUAAGUAAAUCUAUGCAGUAGCAUUCAUUUCUUUGCAGGGUUCUUGGUUGCUUGUUGACUGGGUUAUGAUUGAUUAGUGAAACUGGCAGUAUGCACGUUUACAUUUAAAGCUUAAUCUGGUGAUAUUGGUUGUCUUCAGGAAUCUUUGUCUCCACAAAUUCACAAUAAUAUACUAAAACAUGUUAACAAGGAAAACAAGUUAACAAGGAAAACAGGAAAGUACCAAAUCUGAGCAGUCAUUAUAUCUGUGGACAUAUUAUUAAGGUUAAUAAUGUUUAUGAAUUGGUAGAUUACAUGCAAUAAAUGUUUAAUAAAAGUAACAAUUAUUUUGAAUUUGUGUGGUGUUAAUGAAAGGUGAAGUUGAGCGUGACGUUGAGCUGGGGUGUGCUAUAACAUAUCAUCCACCAGAGGGAGAAGUAAUACAGUGGCAGACGCAUCCAUUUCUCUGUAUUUUACCUUAGUGCCUCUCACCUGUAGAUACACACUAAACAACCAGGUCUACAUGACACUAAGGCAGGUAUUGAUGGUGGUGGCUUUUAUUUACGUCUGUGUUUUUACUUCUACACCAAUUUUCAAUAUGAAAAGUUUUUGUUUUUGUUUUUUAGGUUAUGCUGAAUUGUCUGUAAAGAUUCUUUAUUAUCCAGGUCAUAAAAUGUUCUAGUACAGUCAGUCUUUUUGACUCCAGGCCCUCCUUUGUCCAAGGCCUUUGUAUCUAAGCUGAUAUAUACUUCUGGUAC